UAUAAAUAGGACCGCGUGCCACAUUGUCCUGCGGGGCAAAGCGAUGACUGGAACUACAGGUGACAACUCGCUGCACGUAGGAGUUUGAAAAACUCCAGCCAAACAUUGAGGAUAAUAUUCCCGUCACUCAACGCCAGAGAUGGAGAUGUCCAGCACAACGGUCCUGCCAGUUGUUGGCCUCAGGUCAACGGCCCAGUCAGCUGGUCUUGCAGAGAUCACUGUCAUGCUGUGCUUGAACCAACGUAAACAACUGUGUCCCCAUGUUUGGGUUCCCAUCCUGAAGCCCCAGCGCCCUUGCAUCCGUCCUCCAGUUUCAGAUCAGCUGCCCUCUGACAUCCUGAGCCAAGCCUGGCUGACCCACCCUCUCCCAUUUUUAUUGGAUGAACUGGAAGAUGACGACGACGACGCUUUAUUCCCAAUCCCAAUCAAAAACAAACGUGUGGUUUUCGCUGACUCGCAGGGAUUGUCUCUGACAGCCGUGCGAGAGUUUUCUGAUGAAGAAGAGCAGCCUGACCUCGACCCUCUGCCAUCCCUGCAGGGUUUGGGAACCAUGACAGAGGAUGGUUACAGCUGCACCGUCAGCACCUGCUGCCCAGGAACACGGCUCAAACUGGGCUUCCCGCAGCCCUCUGCAGAUUUCCAGGCCUUCCGUGCCAAGCUGGCAAAGAGCAUGGUUAUCCUGGAGAACUGCAGUGUUAAUGAGCAGGCCCUGCAAGGAACCGUCCGAGUCAGGAACAUCAGUUUCCAGAAGGACGUGCAUGUGCGUGUCACCUUUGACUCGUGGCAGAGCUGCAGAGAUGUGCCCUGUUCUUACCUCCAGAAACGCUUCGGGGGACCUCAGACAGACAUCUUUGAAUUUGACAUUGCUAUUCCUAAAGUGCUAGAUGCCAAAAGGAAGAUAGAAUUCUGUUUAAGUUAUUUACCAGGUGGGCACAGUGAGCCUUUUUGGGACAAUAACAACGGGCAGAAUUACAGCAUUGCUGUGUGUGUGAGCUCACACCUCUGUCGCGGGAAGAAUCUAAGUGAAAGGGCAUGACUUACUCAGCCUAUAUUUUGGCUCAGGCUACAUGCAGCAGUCCUUUGGUAAAGAUAUUUUUUGGGGAUAUUUUUUAUUUGCAUUGUUUUCACUCUGAAUUGCAUUUUCAUUCAUCUUUAACAUUUCUUUCUAUAAAACAUUUUUAAAACA